GCGCGGGCGGCAGGGAGGGACUGUGCGGUCCGCUGUCCCUGCCGCCCCGCAGGUUGGGAGGACUUCCCAGACCCCGGUCCGGGAUGGGGCAGGCCCGCUGCUACCGCCGCUGCGACUCUUCGUGCCCGCGAUGCAGAGCCGGGGGUCCACUAGGGCCUCCGAGAGAGACGCUCUUCCGAGGUGACCACUGGGGACUCGACUUAUGGAAGCGCUGGCCCGUGCACACAUCACUGCGUCACCGUCCUCCAGGGCCGCAGUGUCAGCGCCAUCGUCUGUGGAGUCUCACCCUGCGGCCGGCCCCAGCGAAGCACCUUGUCCCAAGGCCCGCCCCAGAGAGCGUGGAGGAGCCGACGGAUGGGUUCACUAAUGCCAUCAACUGCUACAAGGGACAAGGGUACCAGGCCAGGAUCACCGUCCAGUGCCGGUCUGAGUGUGCUGCUGAGUUAACUCUUAACCUCCGUGAGGCCUGCAGGAUGCGUGCCCUCCAGGAAGGCACACUGGAGAAGAUGGUGGCGUCCAUGGUACCAGCUUUCCCACGUGGAAAAAUUCCCCACAUCUCCACCUUCAUGUCCAUCCACCCGGCCUUCUCCAGAGCCCAGCUGUUCCUGGACCAGCUGUUAACUAGGUGCUGCCCACCAUCCAUCUCACCUAAUGCCAUCCAGGUGUUCUCUACAUCUGGAAAUAUGCAGCCAUAUAACGACCAGGGUGACACACCCCAGGACCAAUUGAAAAAGGCCGUAGCUUCUGUGAUGGGAGCCUGGCCGGACCAGAUACAAUAUGUCGGCCAGCCCCUGCUUCUCCCCUGGUUCACCCUGAAGCAGGCCCUCGUGCAGGGCCACCUCCCUGCCUCACACCCGCUGGGCCACGUGCUCAGUCUCUGGGUGGAGCUGGAGCAUCUGGAGCCCACGGAGGCAGAGCUGGAAGAGGCUCCCCCAGAGCCCCAGCGCGCUCCAGAGCCCGAGGAGGGGCCUGCCCAGGGGCCCGUGCCCGGGCCGGCUCUCCAGCAGGAGCCUCCUGCACCACCAGCUCUGAUCCGAAUGCCAACAGCAGAGCCAGCUCCAUGCCCAGCAGCGGACCACCCCCCGGCUGGGACCACUAAGCACCUGAUAAAGGAGGAGAAGCGUAACAUCCUGAGCUUCCCUCCAAGACUGGUGGCAGAGCAGCUGACAGUGAUGGACGCGCUCCCCCACCGACCACCUGUGGGUCCUGGGCAACUUUCUCAAUCCCCAAGCCUCGCUGCCCACCUGUGGACAGUGGGGGUGGACACGCACAGCACCCGCUGCUCAGAGUGGCUGCAGAUUCCAUGA